CCAUUGGCCAAAACUGAGAGGGCACGUCAUCUCUUUCAAUCACGGAUCGAAUUUCCAGACAAUAUUUGUUUCCCCUUCGGCCACUGCACCGACCAAGUGAUGCAUUGAAUAAGUGCCGGGGACGACUGGGCGUCACUGGGACGCGAAAGAAGCUAAGAGAAUGAAUUCCUACCAAGAGUUAAUUUGUAACGGAGAGAGCAACGCACAGUACUCAGGGGGUUACCUUCCAGCGGAGGCCAGGCUGCCACACUUGGAGAAGAGAACAACUUUAAAAUUUAGCUGUGGGAGCGAAGAAGGGCGCUAUGCACUUGGCACGGAGUUUCCCCUGCGGCACCGCGCCUCUCCAUUCCCUAGUACCGCCCCAGCUCCUCCGCAGCAAUAUGGCUUUGCGAACGCUAACGACGCAUUCCAUACAGGGAGCCUACACAUAGCCUUCGGGGCUACAUCCGCCUACGCGCAAAAUCAGGGUUACCCUUCCUCUGCGACUUGCAGUCACCUCUCUCACCCCGCAACCUCUUACCCUAAUGCUCCGGAGCUGGACUUCAGUAGACCCGGAUACCAACCCAAAAAGGAGAUUCUAGCGAACUUAACCGGGCAUCACUCCGGAUUCGGGUCACUUAAAAGGCAGUCUCAGUUACACACUCAGGAAAUAACAAAGAUUCACCUGACAGUCACGGACAGUCCCAGUAACUCCAACGACGUCACUCAGCAACUUCAACCUGACAACAGUUACCUUAACAAAACUUUCCAGUGGAUGAAAGUUAAGCGCAACCAACACAGAGCAGUAAGGUCGUUCCCUGGGGUCAGCGGGGUGAAGUGCUUUGGCCCGGGGCUCGGCGCGAACGGCGACUGCGACGGCGGUGAGAAUUUCGCGCAGGAAGGGCGGCACCCCGCCGGCGGCGCCCCGCGGACCAACUUCACCACCAAGCAGCUGACCGAGCUGGAGAAGGAGUUCCACUUCAACAAGUACCUGACGCGAGCCAGGCGGGUGGAGAUCGCCUGCGCCAUGCAGCUCAACGAGACGCAGGUCAAGAUCUGGUUCCAGAACCGACGGAUGAAGCAGAAGAAGAGGGAGAAGGAGGGCCUGGCGCUGGCGCCCCCGGCCUCGUCGGGGAGCGGGCCGGAGGACUCGCCGUCCGAAAAGUCAGACGCCGGCUCCUCUCCGGCCUCCUCCCCUCCUCUGCCCAAACCCUUGCCUCCGGACACUGACACUAGUGACUCCACACCUUCAAUACAAACUGAGGUCUGUUCUCAUGUCUAAGGUCUGUUGCUGCUAUGCCAUUAUGAUUUUUUAAAAGAUAUUCUGUGUGCCCUGUAUUUAAUCAGCAUUGGCGUUUAGCUUUGACUUGCAUGUAAAUGCAAUUCUGUUUUUUCCUUCACAAACACCAUUUGUUCAGCAGUCACCAAAAAUGACAUACCAAACUGUGCUGCAGAACAAAUAAUGUGUCCUUCCAUUCAUUUUUUAAUCAAAGUUAAGGGUAAAUAUUGAGUGAAUCUAAACGUGUACCAGCUUAUCAUUAUUAACUCGCUGUAUGCUAUGCUAUUAGCAGUUUGCAUGUUGUUCACACUGCAUAAAGGAAGUAAUUGUGUAUAUAUAUUUAAAGGUAGAAAAUUAUCAUUUGAAACAAUCAACAACCACGUUGCGAGCUAAUUUAUAAAAUGAAUAUUACUGUGCACUUUUUAAUGUCAGGGUUAUUCAGUAUUUUCUUCCAUACUAAUGCGGAAACGGUAGACAAGAAAGAAACAAGUUUAAUUACUUGCAUUUUAUAUCAGUGCCUCUUGUUAGACAAUGGAAUAAAAAUGCUAUGCACAAUCUAUCGAUUUACCAACACAACCGUCAGAAAAGAAUGUUUCCUUUUUAAGGUUGAGCCUUUAACGUUUCAUAACUGGAACACAAGCACACACUAGAUAUUUGGUUAAAUAAAUGAAUAAAUAAAUAAAUAAAUAAACAACACUUUUUAAAAAUUAUAUACUCCAACUCCAUGCUAUAUUUUCUGUAUUUUUUGUCGACACUAAUAUUUCACGUUUUAAGUGUCAUCAUUGUAUUUAUGCAAGCAAACGAUUAGAUGUUUUUUUCUGAUUGUUUUUAUUACAAGAAUAAUCCGCUUUCAACAGUUAUCAACACAUCUUGAUUGUAGUGUCAGUUUAGGUGUGAAAUGCAUUACUUAUAAGACUACAAAAAAACGUGUUGCAAUGUGUUGAUUUAGCUGUGAACAUCUAGUUAGGUACAAGUCGUCAAAUAUUAACUUCAGAUUGCAAAUCAUUUUUAAUCAUGUUGCGUUCAUUUUCGGGUGGGGGUAUGUAGAAGGGAACUACGGAAAACAAUUUCCACUUUUUGAAUUUGGAUGAAAUUAAGUUAAGUAAAAAUGGACAUUCAAAUGACAUUAUAGGUUCAGGUGUUAUUCAUAUUUUGCAACAAAAUAUUUGUUAGCAGAAGUGUUUAUGUCAGCUGAUGUAAAUUAUGUUCAGGAACAAAAUGCCUCUGCAGGUGAACCGUCUAUAGUGCCUAUUCAGCAGUCUAUAGCAUGAACCGCUUAAACGGAGUGCCUUGAAAUUGCCCUUCAGCGACACUAACGUUCGCAAUUAAUUGGCAUCAUAGUGUAGACAAACAGUGUAAGACUGAAAAAGACUGUUUUACUGCACGCGUAAGUCGAUCUAUAAAACGUUUCAGUGAUUUGAGUCUGCACUUGCAUUGUCUCCCAUCCAGCUCCAAGCGAGUCUUUUUCCAAGUGAUUUCGUUCCCACUGUAGGCCUACACCAACCGCCUAAAAAUAUGUUAAAAUAUAGCAACAAUUAUAGGGUGAGUUUAAGUACGCUUAUUCGGUUUUGCUAGUCAGUUAGUCGGAAUAAGUUUACACACGUUUUCCACGAAAUUUGUUUUUUUUUUUUUUAAAUAAUAUGCUUAUAAAACCGAAACAAUGAGCUUUAUCAUUAGUAAUUUGCUCUAUUAAUAAAAUGCUGGCACCUGUAUUUCAUAAGAAAUUACUAUUCUCGGUCACUCGAUUAUAGCACCCUUUGGACUAAAUCUCAUAAUGCGUUGUCAAUUUGGAAGCAUAUGUACUUGCAACAUACAGACCCGAACUACAAAAUAAUUAUUUUUUAAUACUUCGAGAAUAUUUGUCUCACACUGGCUCUACGGUUUGAAAGUCACCCAUAUCGUAGGUCUGUGAUACCCAAUAUGUAUAACUUAUGUCCCGUCAGAUCAUUUCAUUACGACGAUUUUCUUGAAUGAAAGACGAUAUGUGUUUGGAUCCAAUUUUCUUGGAAACAACCUUUUUUUAUUGUAUAUCAAUUCGUCCUUUGUGUUUCGUCAUCAACUCGUCGUUUUUGUUAUAAAACAGUUCAUUUUAAUUUGUUGAUUUUUAGUGUGUGUAUGGUAGCGAGGAGUGUGCGUGCUUUAAAAGGACACCAUUUGUCAUAUAUUUGUCCCCGGUUAAGUUUCCUGCUUACACGUGUUUUUCCUCACCCUAUGAAAAUAAUUAAUUACCAGUCCCUAUGCUUAAUUUAAAUAGAUUGACCUCAACAUAUUUAUCGGUUUCAGCUUUUGGAAUAGGCGGCUGUAUAAAAAGGUGUGAAGUGGUUUAAAAUAUACCCUACAGUCAAUGACGAAAAAAGAAACACAAUAUGUUAUUGCUCCAAGUAGGCGACCCAUAAAUUCACCAAAUGCUUUGUUCUCACCGUCCCUUAAAAUAAAUAAUUCAGUAGACUCAUUCAAUGUGUAAUAUAUUGGCUAUCGGUUGCCUAUACGCUUGUACUACCUGACUCUUUACCGAAACCACUGUGUGUUCAAAAACAAACUACAGCCCCUUUACCAUCAAUUUGACCUAGAAAUUCGUUGCUGUUCAACACUUUGUUGAUCGAAUACGUUUUUUAACAAUGUAUUUGUGAGGCCCAGGUGCAGUGAAUUUGAAAUGGAUGAAAACUGAUUUAGCAGUAGGCGCUCUUGUCACAUGUCGCUAGAGCAACGAUUUGGUGCUGAAGGACACCGUUCUUCUGUCACUUUCCAUAAAGUGUGUUUUCGGUACAUGAGGCCACAAUGUGUUAAUAUGUUAAUGAAUAUGCCUACAUAACUUCAAAUUAAGCUUUAGAAAUGAUCAAUAGAGAUACAUUUUGUAACAUACUACUUUCUCUAUUCCAUAACUUUUAUGACAUAUUAAUGAACCCGAAAGACGUAUAAGCUACAACCAAAGUAAUACUGCAUUCCGUUUCCUAUCAAAGAUUAAAUUAAGAAGGAAAAAGGAAUUGAAAGCUUGGACGGCGUAACAUUAUACCGCCCUGAGUAUGAUAUUGAGAUCUGAAUGAAUGUCAAAUGAAAGGAAUUUUCAUUCAAGAUGUUUUUUCACUGGAAUUUAUCAUCUGCAUCACAGUCUUUAAAUAUACUACAUUUUGUAACAAUUCCCUAAAACUAAUUAAUAAAAAUUGUUUGAAUGCAAAUAAAAUAAAUGUUUGUUUUAUAUAAAUGCAACAUGUGACAUUUCAUUUUGUCUGUGUCUGUUUGGACAUUUCUCAUCUGUUCGAAUGUCUUAGAAUUCGCUAAAUCAAAACGUUAUUGGAAUUAUUUUCCCAUUCUUGCAGUCAAUUUAGACAAGUUCAUGAUGAUAUAUAAAUGUCGAAAAAUGUAAUAUUUGCACAAACUCGUUAGGGUUGUAAGUCGCUCUGGAUAAGUGCGUCUGCUAACUGACAGCCCAAACGAUCAUAAUUGUCACAAGAAAUAUUAUUUUAAAAUGCACCUACUUCUCUUGGAUUGAUAUGUUAUAUUUUACAAUGAGAAAAAGUUUUGUGUCUACAUGU